AUGGCCGCUACCGUGAAGAAUAACCGUAAGCAAACGUCUCCUAUUGACCGCCCCCGACGCCUAAGUACUGUCCGCUCAGAAGACAAGAAUGCCAAAGACAACGAGCUCUUUGCUCUCAAAAAGUAUGCCGCCGACGGCUCGCUGCAAGUCUUCGUGAUCCCCGACCUUGUCAACGCGGACUGGGACUGGGACACACCCCUCCUCAAGGAUGUCAACGCGAUUGCCCACGUCGCGUCGCCCUUCGACUUGCCCCUGCCUACUUAUGAACAUUUCGCUGCUCCCGUCAUCGCUGGUACUCGCAACUUGCUUCAGGAUGCAUCCAAGAAUCCCAACAUCAAGUCGGUGAAUGUUGUAGAUCGUACACUCGAAGACACUGUCCAGGGCACGAUUGACACUCUUGAGAGGCUCGGAGUGUUAAUUGAGUUUCUUCUUCUUUAUCUCUUAUCUCCAGGGUGA